AAUAUAUCAAAUUCGACAUCUGCCAUUGCGUCAUGAUAUGCGCACGCUUGCGCACGCGCAUAUGUUUUCAUUUCUCUUUUUGACAUAAACAUUCUCGAAGAUGGCUCCGACGGUGAAGCCCGAGAAAGCACCUGCUCAGAAACCGACCAGGAAACAUAAACCUGGCAAACCCAGAAAUUAUGAUUUGGGAAAUGGAGUUGUUAGGUUCUCAAGAACAAGGAUGUUCCACAAGAAAGCAAUCUACAAAUUCAUCGGAAAGAAAGUAGCGGCUACCAAGAAACCUCAGAAACCUAGGGUCAUUGAAAAACAAAUUGGUGGUGAGAAAAAUGGAGGAAAACGUUUUGUUUUGGUUAAAAAACGCCGUGCUUCCUACCCCACCCAAGACAGGAUCAGACCUAGACCUGCCAAGAAAAGUUUUAGCCAACACAAAAGAACCUUGAGGGAUACCAUCACCCCUGGAACUAUUCUUAUUUUGUUGGCUGGUUCCCACAAAGGCAAGAGGGUGGUUUUCCUUAAACAAUUACACUCUGGUCUUCUUUUAGUAACUGGCCCCUUUGGAAUUAAUGCCUGUCCCUUGAGACGUAUCAGCCAAAGAUAUGUCAUUGCUACAGCUACCAAAGUUGAUAUCAGUGAGGUUAAACUACCAGAAAAUAUCAAUGACAAAUACUUUGAAAGGAAGAGGGAGAAGAGGGCAAAGAAAGAAGAAGGGGAUAUUUUCCAGAGCAAAAAGGAGGGUUACAAAGUAAGUGAAGAAAGGAAAACGGACCAGAAAACGGUAGAUACCCAAAUUAUGGCCGCCAUUAGGAAACACGCUGACCGCAAAGUGCUUCUAGCCUAUUUGUCGGCCAUGUGGGGUCUCCGGUCUUCGCAGUACCCACACAGACUCAACUUCUAGAUAAGAAAAAACGACCAUUCUUUAUUUAUAUGUUGG